AUGUCCUACGGAUCUGGCAGCUCGAACUGGGGUGGUUCUGGCUACUCAAACUGCGUCCAGCAAUGUAUGGCUUCCUACGGUGCCCCCGCCAUGGUGACCGCAUCUGCGACUUACGCUGCUAGCGCCACGGCCUCGGCCAUGGCCGGCACCGGCACGACUCACACCAUAGUCGUUGCGCCCAGUCAGGGUGUCCUCCGCAUGGUGCCAUUCGCCGUCAACGCCUCAGCAGGCGACACCUUGUACUGGGUCUGGGGAGCAAACAACCACACCGUCACGAAGAGCUCCGAGCUCUCUCCUUGCAACAAGACCACCGACGGAACUGCCUUCGCUUCUGGCACUCAAAAUGCUAGCUUCACUUUCACCGAGAUGGUGAACGACACCAACCCGGUCUUCUACUACUGCGGCACCCCCGGUCACUGCCCCAAGGGAAUGUUUGGUGUCAUCAACCCACCCAACGUCGAGAACAACGCUGCUACUUCCGUUGCGUCAAUGAUGCCCGCCAUGAUGGCCAACAGUUCCACGCUCUCCGCUAUGUACGCUGCCAGCAACAUCAGCAGCAACCCGAUGGCCGCUACCUGGGGCGACAGCAUGGACAUGAGCACCAUGCCCGACUGGUCGCAGUCCCUGAUGGCCGAGAACGUCUUGUACACGCGUUCGUUCAUAGCCGCCAACCCCAGCAUCAUGGCUGCCGACGGCACUCUCAACAUGGGCGCGGCCAACGGCCAGUUCAUGGUCCCCCAGGAUGUCAGCCAGCUCAACAGCGCGGGCUCAUCGUCAUCUGCGGCGUCUUCGUCCUCGUCCCCGUCCGGUUCCGCAGCUGCGGCGGGUGGUGCAGCUGCGUCGGCGUCUGGCGCGUCCUCUGCCUCCCCGUCUGCGACCGGCUCUACCAGCGGGGCGCGCGCCAACGUUGCCUCCGGCGCGCUGCUCGGCGUCGCCGCCAUCGCCGCGACUUUCCUCUCGCUCUAA